AUGCCACUAGGGGAGCGCGGGGUUCUCAUGACGUACCAGGGCCAGCAGCCGCAACACCAGCAGCAGGGCCAACCGCUCCAGCAUCAUCUUCAACAGCCGCAGCUACAGCCGCAGCUACAGCCGCAGCUACAGCCGCAGUCACAGCCGCAGCCGCAGCAUCACCCUCACCAUUUUUACAACUAUCAUGCACAGUACCAGGGUAUGUUGCCUCCCAAUGCUGCCGCCGUCCCUCCGCUCACGCAAGCCCCUUUUUACCCCAUUCCCGGGGUUUUGCCCGCGUCCCCGUACUACAAUCAGCCCCAGCAUCAUUUACACCAGCAUCAGCAACAACAUCACAGCAAGCAUCAGCAGUAUCCACCGCAGGCCCCAGGUGUGGGGUACGGUAACGCCGCGCAUUCAGGAUUUUCUCUGUACGCCCCUAACGUCUUUGAGGUAGGUUAUUCUGUGCCUCAGCCAAAGUACUACCGAGAGAACCAUCGUGGAGGCCGUGGCCGCACGGGAAUGAGGGGGGGAUAUAACGCCGAGGGCGACACCCGCGAGUCCUACUUUGAGGUCCAUUUAAAGAGCUUUGACGAACUGGAAGAGGCACGCCGCAAGGGAAGCCUGCGUGAAUCCCUGCAACCGAUGGUGAUUGGAAGAAUGAGGCGUCGAGCCUCGCCCGGAGUACUAAAGAUUCUUGUGAUUGUGGACCAUCAGUAUCUUGCGGCGUGCAUGUCGGUGCCGCCAUCUGACGACGACGUUAUUCUCUCGAAGGAAGUCUCGACUCAGUUUCUAGACGUACAGCACGUGUAUUGCGACGAUGGAGUUCGAUUAGUGGACAUGGAGGAUGGCACACAUGUUGCCAAGCACGUGUACUCGACUCUUCGAAUUGCCCUGCAACAACUGGCCGCCUACGACAAGACAGACCCUGAUGUGGACGUUGCUGUGGAUUUUACAUCGUCUAGCGGAUCACUUUUGCUGAAGGACCUCCUCCUUCAUCGUGGCGCAUCCACGCUGCUUUCGGAGGUCUUGGAAGGAGACGACGAGGCUGCGGAUAACCUGUGGUUGCGUCUUCUUUUGGCGCCCUCCUUUUCCGCGACUAACGAUGGCGCGGAUGGCGCCCUGCAGAAACAGUCACCCACUGGGAAGACGAACACCCCCCCGCUACUCCCCUCGUGUGGGGUAGGAAUUCUUGCCACCGCGCAAGGGACCUGGCUGUUUAGAAAGGCAGUGCUGCACCCCAAACGACGAGAGACUUUGUUCUGCGUGUUGCAGGAAGCGGCAGUGCCCCCGCCUCAGGAGGAGUCCGAGGCGUCGCCGUCGUCACUUAUGCCGGAGAAUCUCUUUUUGGCGCUCUUCUCGUGCCCCUUGGCGUCGCGUUUUGUGUUUGAGUGUUUUGGCCUCGUGGAGGGGGUAACUCGCUGCGAGGCGGAGGUAAGUGUCUUGUGCGCCGCCCUAGAGCGACUCGCACUCAAGGUGGUGUGCAGCAACGGCGGUAGUUUCCUCAUGACGGCGUUGGUGAAGGCACUCUGCCCAAGUCGCUUCAGUGGUGGACACAAGACGGGUGGAAAACGCGGACGCGAAAACGAGGCCCAACCAAAGCAACAACGCGACGCCAAUGACGGCCACUAUGAGGAGGAUGGCGCUGAAAACGGCGGCGGCGGGAAGGAGGGCAAGCCGUAUGGAAUGGACGGGCAAGCGCCACCCAUGCAGGUGGUGGCCACCGGCUUUAAUGUUUCGGAGAUGUCCUCUGAGUGGCGGCUGUUCUGCGCGGUAGCUCGGGCCUUUGUCUCAGGCCCAAUCCCGGGUGACGCAAAGGAAACUGAGGCAACGUUGAACCGUCGUGUCAAGCUGCUUACGCAGCACGUCGUUGCGUGUCGAGCUAUACAGAGUCUUAUUCCUUUCUUUGCGGAUGCCGUUCUUCAGGGAGAACUUGUCCGCCAAGAGCCGCAGGAAGGUGCCCCUGACACGGUGCCCGAGGCAGCACAGUUCUACGAUGACUGCGCGAAGAUUCUCUCGGAGAUCGCAAGUCAAAGUGGACUCUUGGCAAACCAUAGCUACGGUAAUUAUGUGUUACAGACCGUUGUGUCGGAGCUGGCGCAACGCACUGUUGCCGGGUCCCCGAUCCAGUCGAUGCUACACAAUGUUUUUGAUGUGUUAAUUAGUAGCAUAUUCGAGGUCAGUAUGCAGAAGUUUGCCUCUAACUGCGUUGAGACGGCAAUCGCGGCGUGUCACAAGCUCCCGGACCGCAGCGCCCUCAUUCUGCGUUUUGCCACUGCUUUGCUCUCGGGAGGCCCAAACCGCAUGGAACAGGUAGCGAUGCACCAGUACGGCAACUACGUUGUGCGCCGCAUACUAGACUCCCUCACCGCCAUCGCCACCGGGGCUUCCCCUACCGCCACCCCGGCGGAAGUGCGGGAGGCGUGUGAGGUGGAGCGGCAGUACUUCAACAAACUCAGUGCCCAGUCCCAUCGUCUCCGUCAGACGUCGUACGGGUCUGGGCUGCAGGCGUGGGUGGAGAAUCAGCGCGAGAGGAUGCAGGGCAUGGCGGCGGCAAGAGCAGGAGUCAACGUGCAGGCGGCUGAGUGA